AUGUCAUUCACACCUCCCAACACUCAGGGCAUUCGCUCCAUCAACAUCAACAACCCCGCCUCAUCUCCGCCGCACCCAACCGAGGUAGUCUACGUCGACAUCUACACCGACCGCAUCACAAAGGAAAAGUUCAUUCUCUGGGAAGAUGUCCGUCUGGUCUUCCACAACGCCCUUCAUGUCCGACACAAAGCAAGGGUGGUUCCGUUUAUGAAAGACGACGACUUCAACACGUACGUCUAUGAGCUUGUAGGAAACAAUUUUGCCUCAAGGCAACAACUCGACGACGCGGCUGUUCGAGUCCGUAACAAAGAGCUCGCGCGCAAGUACGCCAAAGAAGCGAUGACCAAGAUUGCAGACAUGAUGGAUCUUGACGCGCUGCACACAAAGGGCGAUGCUGGUCCUGCUGACUUUUGGAAGGCUCUGGAGUGUUACCUGAAGGCUGUCCAUAAGAGUCAUGCGCAUGCUCAGGUCCAAGUUGGCGACCUCUUUUUUGAAGGUCAGGAUGUUUCCAAGGAUUCAUUCAUCGCCAUGGGAUGGUAUCAUAAAGCGGCGUUUCAAGGGGACACCAACGCUCAACGAAAAGUUGAGGCCCUCAGACUCUCUGAGCGUCUAAUGACAGCGGCACCCGAGACACCCACGAGCAGCAUACUCAAGGCCCAACACAACAGUAGCAAAACGUCCGUUGCCCAACCUUCCAGCGACAACAACGAACCGCAAAUGUCCAAGGAGAUCCCCCCUCUUACCAAUGAGGCCUCUGCUCUCGCUGACAUCUCCCUUCCAAUAAAACAUGUUGUCAGUCAGAGUGAAAUUGACGCUCAAGUCGCUCUUGGAGACAAGUAUAUGGGCAGCCAGGACUACCAAGCAGCCAUGGAAUGCUACCUCAAGGCCGCCAACCAAGGUUUUGUUGACGCCCAGAACAACAUCGGCCAUAUGUACCGUGAAGGCAAAGGCGUUCCCCAGGACUUUUCCACAGCGAUGGAGUGGUACCGCAUGGCCGCCGACCAAGGACACGCAAACGCUCAGUGCUACAUCGGCUCUAUGUACAACAAUGGCAAGGGCGUUCCCCAGGACUUGGCCAAAGCUAUGGAGUGGUUCCGCAUGGCCGCCGAUCGAGGGUACGCGAAGGCUCAGUACAAUAUCGGUAUCAUGUUCGAGGAAGGCAAGGGCGUUCCCCAGGACUUGGCCAAAGCGAUGGAGUGGUUCCGCAUGGCUGCCGAUCAAGGACACGCAAAAGCCCAGGGCAGCAUCGGCCUUAUGUACUACAAUGGCAAGGGCGUUCCCCAGGACUUGACCAAAGCUAUGGAGUGGUACCGCAUGGCCGCCGAUCAAGGAGACGCAGACGCCCAGUACAAUAUCGGUACCAUGUUCGACGAAGGCAAGGGCGUUCCCCAGGACUUUGCCAAAGCGAUGGAGUGGUACCGCAUGGCCGCCGAUCAAGGAGACGCAGACGCCCAGUCCAACGUCGGUGUCAUGUACUACAAUGGCAAAGGCGUUCCUCAGGACUAUGCCAAAGCGAUGGAGUGGUACCGUAUGGCCGCCGAUCAAGGACUCGCAGUCGCCCAGUGCAGCAUCGGCCUUAUGUACUACAAUGGCAAGGGCGUUCCCCAGGACUUUGCCAAAGCGAUGGAGUGGUACCGCAUGGCCGCCGAUCAAGGAAUCGCAGAAGCUCAGUUCAGCAUCGGUAUCAUGUUCGAGGAAGGCAAGGGCGUUCCCCAGGACUUGGCCAAAGCGAUGGAGUGGUUCCGCAUGGCCGCCGAUCAAGGACUCGCAGACGCCCAGUGCAGCAUCGGCCUUAUGUACUACAAUGGCAAGGGCGUUCCCCAGGACUUUGCCAAAGCGAUGGAGUGGUACCGCAUGGCCGCCGAUCAAGGAGACGCAGACGCCCAGUACAGCACCGGCUUUAUGUAUAACAAUGGCAAAGGCGUUCCCCAGGACUUUGCCAAAGCAAUGGAGUGGUACCGCAUGGCCGCCGAUCAAGGAGACGCAGACGCUCAGUACAACAUCGGUGUCAUGUAUGCCAAAAGCCAAGGUGUAACCAAAAAUGACUCGAAAGCCAUGAAGUGGUUCCAAAAAGCGGCUGACCAGGGGCACCCGAAUGCACAAAAAUGGCUGAAGAAGUUGUCCACCAGUACCAAGUCGACCAUAGUGAAGGGGUUUCUUAGCAGGGUUUUCAAUUGA